ACCGAGCAGGCGAUCAUGUCCACUCCCGUGACAUCUUCCGCUCCAUUCCGGUCCGACACGAUCGAACCACUUACGGGGAGUAACUUCCCUCGUUGGAAGUCCCAAGUCGAAUUAUGUUUGGGUUGUAAUGAAUUUGACUAUGCCUUGAGGGAAGAAAAACCUGUGGCACCUGUGGCAGGUGUCACAGGGUAUGCAGAACUCAAGAAGGAGUAUGAUGUUAAGAUGGAAAAGUGGAAUAAGUCCAACCAUAUUGCGCUUCUCAUCAUGAAAGCGACAAUAUCGCCGGACAUUUCUGAAGCACUCCCUAAGAAAGAUACUGCUAAAGAUUUCCUCACUGAAAUGGAGGAGCAAUUUAAAGGCUCCGACAAAGUGUAUGCUCAUGAGCUUUUUGCUAAACUUCUUCAGAAAUACACUAUUAACGGAAAUGUUAGGCAGCACAUAUUGAGGGUGGUAAAUGCUUUCACCAAGCUUAAGGCUUUGGAGUGUUCUUUAAGUGAAGCCCUUCUUGUCAUAAUUAUUCUUGAGUCUCUUCCUGAAGAGUUUGAACAAUUUAAGGUCAACUAUAACUCUCUAAAGGAAAAAUGGCCACUCUCUGAGAUGACCGCAAGGAUCGUCCAGGAGGAACAAAGGAUCAUGAGGUAG